AUGGCCUUCUGCUGUGUGCCGCUUUGUCGUUCGGACGGGAAAAGGUCUGUGCUGGGCGAGAAGGUCACGUUCCACGAAAUACCUGCACGACUGGACAUACGAGAAAAGUGGCUGGUAGCGAUCAAGAGGGAUGAGUGGUCACCAAACUCCACCAGCAACUACUCAAGAGUAUGCAGCAGACACUUCCUCGCUUCCGAUUUCAUCGAAGGCAAGCGGCGUCGACUGAAACGAGACGCCGUGCCGUCUGUCUUCAGCGACUUCCCAUCCCACCUCCAACCAAGAAUCACGAAGCAGAGAAGCGACAGCAGCAUCAGGAAACGAGCACACGCCCUCGAUGCUGCUGUUCGAGUAAAGAAGGCGCGCCUUGGGGAGCAGCAAUCACUUGAAAACACGACUUGUCCCGUGUUGAGGCCAGACACACGCUCGUCGAGCCAGGAUGAAGGGACAGCAUGUGAUAAAGUGUUCACGGGAGCAGAAAAGAGAGUUUGUGCUGGUGGUAUCCCAGCAGGUAGAGUCGACAUAUCAACCAGAGAGCAGUCAACACAAGCAGAUAUAAAGAAGGUACAGCAUGCAACGAGACAGGAACACCACAAGUGGGUUCGGAAGACAAGGGAUCUGCGAAAGCGGAUUGAAAGACUGGAGAGAAUAGUGGACAGCUACAAGACAGAACUCAAGAAGCUAAAAGAAGAUGAUGAUGUUGACACCUUCCAGUAUAUGAAGAACAGAGCUGCAGAGAGCAACCCACAGGCGAUGUUCCUCAUGGACCAAGUAAGGAACUUCAAGAAAAAAAGUCCAAGGUGGUCAGAAGAUACCCUUCGGCACAGCAUCGUCCUGAGGCAUCUUUCAACAAGAGCUUACGAGCACGUUCGAAGCCAAGGACUACUUAAGUUACCAUCGAGGAACACGUUGCAGAAUUACAUAGGAAUCUCAAGUGGGGAAACAGGAUUUAACACCUUGGUAAAAUGUCGCCUGGAAGCAGAGCUUCAGAACCUGGGAACUGCUCAGUCAAGAACAUGUUCCUUAAUAAUAGAUGAGAUGCAAAUCAAACAAAAGCUACAGUACAAUAAGCAACGUGAUGCUUUUGUGGGACAAGUGGACCUGGGCCCUCUGAACAAAGAUGCAAAACAGCAAGUUUUGGCAAACUCACUUCUAUGCUUUUUGCUGAAUGGGCUCAGCUCCUCUUUUAGAGUACCCGUUGCCUAUUUUUUCACUAAAAGCCUGACAGGGAUCGAACUUUCAAAACUCAUACUUUUUGUUCUGAAAAAGGUGGAAGACGUUGGCUUUCGGGUUUUGAGGAUCGUAACAGACAACCACCGUGUAAAUGUGAACGCGAUGACCGUUUUGUGUGGUGGACUGCUGAAGCACCAAAUUGCACACCCAGUUGACCCGACAAGGGCACUCUCUUUUAGCUUCGAUUACUGUCAUGUGCUAAAGAACAUGCGUUCUCAAUUUCUGGAUCGUGACAUGGGCAAGGACAACCAAGUGUCAUCGUCCUUCCUGAAGGCGCUGUACGAGCUACAGAAGAAAGCGUCAAUUAAGGCAGUCAGGUUCCUAAGCCGGAAACACAUAUAUCCUAGUAACAUUGAAAAAAUGAAUGUAAAGCGAGCCAUACAGUUGUUUUCCCCAGAUGUUACAGCAGCGCUGAAGUACCUGCGAGACCAAGCUGGUCACACAUGCGAUCCAUUAUAUGCUGAUGCAGGAGAUACCAUACUCUUCAUGGAAAGCAUAUAUCGCUGGUUUAUCCUUCAUGAUACCAGCAACUGCACACAGCAUAUACAUCAAAGGUUCCCGGAUGUGCGCCAUUAUGACAGCUGCGAUGACAGUCGACUUGAGUGGUUGGAAACCACGUUCCCAGCGUACCUUGAGGAGCUAAAGAAGUUGACAAAGCCAUCUCAGUUCUUCACUAAAGAGACUUACGGUGCACUGCUGACAACUACAUAUUCAACGGUUGCUUGUGUAAGGUAUCUACUGCAGGAGGAACAGUUCAGGUUCGUCCUGACGCGAAAAUUUAGUAGUGAUCCAAUAGAGGCGCUGUUUGGAGCCCUAAGAAGCUCCCAAGGACGCAAUGACCAAAUGAACGUGAGGUCCACUACACAUGCAUUAGAAAGGAUCCUGAAGACGGGAAUCAUCGUCGCCUCGCAGCACAGCAAUGUGUCUCACGCAGUGACCUCAAGCUCAGCUGUAGCAGUUGCAAGUUUGGAACAGCAAGUGCCAAGAGAAGAGCAAGGGCCGACUGAACCAAUGGUGACUCUUCCACGUAAAGCAGCAUCAGUUCUGGAGAAACUAAAGGAGCCCAGGCGAGAGCGUCUUCCCAGCCUUCAGCUGUCAGCCACAGCCCACGUCGGAGGCUAUAUCGCCCGAGUUGUGGUAGAGAAAAUUCACUGCGAAAAUUGUGCCCAACUCGUACUGAAAGCUAUGUCGAACCAGCCUGUUCAGGGGUUGACAAGGCAUCAAGAUAGAGGAGGACUUCUCUACCCUUCAGAUGACCUCGUUUACCUUCUAGACAUCCUGCGGGAGUAUGCAGAAGCUGUGAUUUCUGAACAACCAAAUGGAGCUAACAAAUGGAAGCCGCUGAACACAUUGUUGCAUUUUGCUGUGCCUGUGAUCUGUGAAUGCACAUUGCUCCAGUGCCCACAGAGCACAAAGGAACACAGGCACGAGCUUGUACAUCUCAUUUGUUCAAGGUUCUUUCGGCCGCUUCUGGUAAAUCAUGCUUUCCAUGUAACUGACAGAAACGACACCUACAAAGCUUUCAAAAGGAAGCCCCUCUCCAGAAAGUAUGUGAAGCUCAACUAG